UAUAGUCGUAAUGUACUUUCUAACAGUAUUAUAUUAAUCCUUGACAGUAACCGUGGAGACUACAAUCUCUAACACAUAUUGGCAAGACCUUUUACAGUUGCAUGCAGGUAGCAAUCACAUUUGUCAGAACAAAAUGUAAACACGUUGAGAAAGAAGAAACUUUACAGGGAAAUCAUUGUUGCUACUUCUGGUAGGCUACUUCCUUUUUACGGAACUUCUUUGAAGAGCUUCUUUGAAGAAGGUCGUUCUUCAGGACGUGCGGAGCUUUCUGUUUUAGUUCACUUCAGCUGGGGAUUUUCGGAAGGCAAGGACACACAUUUGACCAGGAAAGUGCUCAGGACCAAGGGUCAAGAGCACUGUGAGAACGCAUCACCUGAAGAUGGCAAAUGACAAGAGCAACGCGUUCGAAUCGCAUUAGGACGCAACAUUGGACUCCAAUUCAGUCAACGAUAUUGAUGUAUAUUCUUUAGAAAUUAUAUCAGCAAAUAAGAAUGCUUUGCAUGCAUGUUAAAUCCAUAUCGUAUUUUCAAUUUUAGUUAAGUAUAUUGUUUUUACUUUGAGUUUGUAGACGUUUUUUCUUUCUUUAGAGGAACAAUAUCAUGAAGUUCAACGGGUAUCUAAAGAUUAGAAUUGGUGAGGCGUUGGACCUCAAACCUACUACUUUUUCCCUUCGCCAUUCUACAAUGUUCAACAAAACAGCUCCCACUUUGGACCCUUACAUUGUGAUAAAGGUGGACGAGUACAAAAUUGGACAGACGCAUACAAAGCAAAAAACCAACAUGCCAACUUACAACGAAGAGUUCUGCCUCAAUGUCAACGACGGCAAGCAUAUAGAGUUGGCUGUAUUUCACGAUGCGCCCAUAGGGAAUGACGAUUUUGUUGCUAACUGCACCUUUCAAUUUGAGGACCUGAUGAAAACCUUGAACACAGAAGAGACAUUUGAAGGAUGGGUGGACCUGGAGCCAGAGGGCAAGGUGUUCAUCCUCAUAACACUCAAUGGCUCCUUCAUUGAUGAUGACGCCACCGGGAAGGCCAAGGUGUUCAAGCAGUUCAACAGGAAGAGGCAAGGGGCCGUGAAGCGCAAGAUCCAUCAGGUCAACGGACACAAGUUCAUGUCCACCUUCCUACGGCAGCCCACCUUCUGCUUCCACUGCAAAGAGUUCAUCUGGGGUGUGUUUGGGAAGCAGGGCUACCAAUGCCAAGUAUGCACGUGUGUGGUUCACAAGCGAUGUCAUCAGUUGGUUGUCACGGUGUGUCCACGUAUGAAGAAGUCUGUCAAGGAGCCGACCACCAACCAUGGCUUCAGUAUCAACGUCCCUCACAAGUUCAACAUACACAACUUUAAGGCUCCCACCUUCUGUGACCACUGUGGUUCUCUACUGUGGGGCCUUGUCAGACAGGGUCUACACUGCAAGAGCUGUAAGAUGAACGUGCACAUCCGCUGUAAGGGCAACGUAGCACCCAGCUGUGGGGUCAACAGUGUGGAGCUGGCCAACAAGUUGGCAGAGAUGGGCCUGCAGGCCGGGGGGUUCUCCAAACGCAAUUCGCUGUCCACUGGAGUGCAGGGCCAGGAGCGGGCCCUUAGUGUGAGGAGAGAGAGUGAAACCCCUCAGCAGCAGACCAGACAUCUGGGCAUCUCUGACUUCACCUUCCUACAGGUGCUGGGGAAGGGUAGCUUCGGCAAGGUGAUGCUGGCUCGGUUGAACAGCGGUGAGCGGGUGUUUGCAGUGAAGGUGCUGAAGAAGGACAUAAUUCUGCAGGACGAUGAUGUUGAGUGCACCAUGACAGAGAAGAGAGUGCUGUCACUGGCCAGCUCCCACCCGUACCUCACUCAGCUCUACUGCUGCUUUCAGACACCGGACCGCCUGUUCUUUGUGAUGGAGUUUGUCAAUGGGGGCGACCUCAUGUUCCACAUCCAGAAGUCCAGAAAGUUUGAGGAGUGCCGCGCUCGCUUCUACACCGCCGAGAUCACCUCUGCACUUAUGUUCCUGCACAGCAAGGGCAUCGUCUACAGGGAUCUGAAGUUGGACAAUGUGCUCCUUGAUAAGGACGGACACUGUAAGCUGGCUGAUUUCGGCAUGUGCAAGGAGGGCAUGUUUGAAGGUGUGGCCACAGGCACCUUCUGCGGGACUCCUGACUACAUCGCCCCAGAGAUCCUUCAGGAGAUGCAGUACGGGCCGUCUGUGGACUGGUGGUCUCUCGGCGUGCUGCUCUAUGAGAUGCUGUCUGGCCACGCCCCCUUUGAGGCAGAGAACGAGGACGACCUGUUUGAGUCCAUCCUGAAUGAGGAGAUCAGCUAUGCAUCCUGGCUGAGUGCUGAGGCAGUCAAUAUCCUGAAAGCUUUCCUGACUAAGAACCCUGCCCGGCGUCUAGGCUGCGUGGCGGCGGAGGGUGGGGAGAACGCUGUGACUAACCACGUCUUCUUCACUGGAAUCAACUGGGACAAGCUGAACUGCAGGGAGCAGGAGCCACCCUUCAAACCCCGCAUCAAAACUGCAGAGGACGUGAACAACUUUGACCCAGACUUCACCCAGGAGGAGCCCACCCUGACACCCAUUGAGGAUCUCCUUCCCUCUGUCAACCAGGACGAGUUCCACAACUUCUCUUUCACCUCUCCUGAGCUGCUGGACGACUAGGAGGCCCUGUGUGAACCCCCCCCCCCUGGAGCCAUACAUGAUCACAAUGUGUCUAGCUCUGGCUAGUUCACUGGCACAGUUGCCUGUUUGGCACUGCCUUAGCCUGUAUCUCUAAUUUUGAAAGGCAGUUUAGACUCAGCCCUCGUCACUGUGGUAUAUGACUGUCUGGUUCUCUGUGGAGAGAGAGAGAGAGAGAGGGAGAGGUUUACUCAAUGAGGCCAGAUUUUAGUCAGAUGUUUUUCCACGAUCCUUCCCUUCAUCUUCGGAAAACAUGGGACAGUCUUGACUUGUAACCUUGUGUAUUAAUGCGUAGUAAUGCUCUUACAGUAUCUGACUGCAAUGCAAAGCAAUUUUAAUGGCAAUUUGUCCCCUAAUAUGGAAAGAUGAAUUUGCCUACAGGUACUUCAAGAUGAAUACAAGCACUUUUUGAACUAAUGGGAAGUGUGUGUGUCUGUGUGUGUCUUUUAUUAAUUUGGCAUACCUUUUGUUCAAUGCUGGGAUCAUUAUUCAUCAAAACUGCCUGUGACUCUAGCACAAAUGAUGGCAGGGUAAAGGGUAACGUAAUCAGCACUGCAAAGGUUUCCCAGAACAACUGAGCUGCUCGUUAAUACUGGACGGACUGCAGAGGGGGCUGUGUGAAAUAGUUUCUCAGUGACGUAAGUCCUUUACGGAGAACACACUCAAACACACACACUCACUCACUCACUCACUCAUUCGAGCAGAUACAUGUCAGACACUUUCCCCCUAAACUCAAACACAGGGAUGCGGUAUGUGGGGAGAGAAGAGGAAGGGAGACAUUGUCUUACCACUUGUUUUGUCUCUGCUUUUUAAGAAUAUAUCUCACCCUGUGCCCUGUCAAAAUGGUACAUUGAAAAAGCUUUGUUCUCUGCAUUUAAGAUGGGUUUAUGAAAGCAUUUUCUAAUGAGAAUGUUUUUAUACCUAAUUUUCUGAAGGAAUCUUUUGUCAUUGGUCAACAGUGCGAGAUGAUGCAACAUUUCAUCUGAAUUGAAUGAACUGGUGAUUCAGAGCUGUUGUGAAAUUUCAUAAAGUUCUUCUCUGUGCAUCUGCCUGCACAUGUCAGCACCUGGUGAAGAGUUGGGCAAAUUGAGAAGGUAUAGCAGAUGUCAGACAAUCAAGAAAACCAAUUACGAACAUGCCAAUGAUCCAAACAAAAGCAUAUUUUUAGGUUUAUAUGGAUUAAGGUAUGCUUUAAUAACUGCCAAUACCUCAAUUCUUUCUUUCCAUGUUAAUCCAGUUCUAUGUGAUCACAGUCCUUCAACAGUUAAAUGAAUACCAUUUAUUCAUUCCCCCCCCCCCCCCCCAGACCCACC